AUGAUCAGUGUAGCCCCAGCAGUGCCACCUGUCAGUGUCCAUCAGUGCCAGCUGUCAGUGCUCAUCCAUGCCACCUGCCAGUGCCCAUCAGUGCCACAUAUCAGUGCCUACCAGUGCACAUCAAUGCCACAUAUCAGUGCCUAUCUGAGUUGCCUUUCAGUGUCACCAAUCAGUGCCAGUCAGUGCCACCUAUCAAUGCCAGUCAGUGCCACCUAUCAGUGCCACCUAUCAUGCUGCCUAUCAGUGCCGCCUAACAGUGCCAGUCAGUGCCACCUAUCAGUGCCAGUCAGUGCUGCCUAUCAGUGCCAUAUAUGAGUGCUGCC